GGGGAAAAGAAAGCAGCAGGCAACAGAAAUAGCACACUCCACCCCACCAACAGGUAUCGAAAAGCACAGCAAGACCUCGGGUUCCUCAGCCUAUUCCUCAAGUUAGCAAGAAGCGAUGCUUCCUUCGACUGCUUUGCUGGUCAUUGGCGCGUUGCUGGUUGUGGUGGCGUCGGAGGUCAAAGCGCAGUCUGUUCUACUGGGAGCCAGGUGCAACCCGAAUACCGACCUCUUUGGGUGUUCUGGAAAGAACUAUAUGAGCUGCGACCCAACAUCAAAUCGAUGGAUUACACAGAAUACUUGUCUGCAGGAUUGCAUAACCGUACCAGCCUUCGCACAAAACUGUGGCAGAAAUUCGCAUGGCAUUGAGGAUCCCGCUACCGCGGCCCCUGCGCCCGCUCCAACCCCCACUAGGCACACAUCCACCUCUCCAUCCACUUCAUUGACUCCAGAGACCUCUCUCUCGCAACCCGUACCAUCCAACAUCCUCGCUCCGCAGCCGUCGACCAUCCCCAAUAAAGACAACAUCACAACAGGCUCCCCACUCGAUCCCUCGAAUCCCAACUCGAAUGGAAAUCCGAUAACAGAUAAACAGCCGGGUGAUGGUUCCGGCUCGUCCUCUUCCUCCUCAUCAUCUCGAAAUAUCGCCGUGAUUGUCGGCCCAGUUGCUGGUGGGGCAGUCUUGAUCGCAGCGAUCGUAGCAGCAUCGCUACUGAUGCACCGGCGGAGAUAUCACGCACCAAAGCAUGGGUUGGGAGGGGCGGACGUGGCCAACAUGGAAGUUGGAACAGGGGCUCUAUACCCCUCGGGGCCGUUUUCACCAAAUGUAUCGUCUGUACUGGAAAAGCGAUACGUCGUUGCUCAUGCAUACGACGCCGCCGCCGAUGACGAAAUCUCCUUGAGGGUCGGAGACCAUGUCAGGUUGAACCUUUUGUUCAACGAUGGCUGGGCGAAGGGCGUCAACGAAACUUCCGGAAAGCAUGGCCUCCUACCAUGCGCAUGCAUCCAGGACGACGCAGUUGCAGAAACAAAACCGUUCAUCAAUCAGUAAAGACAGACCCACUCACCUCAUCUCAAACGACGUACGACCGGAACGCGCGGCUUGACGACCCCCUUGGCGAGUAUAUACCCCUCCGUGAAUUCUUGCAACUAUGUAUGUAGAGAUAUCCCCAGGUGAUCAGAAUUAGUGUAAUCUAUGUGGAUGGGCCUUAGAAAGUAAUGUUUCGAAAAGCAUAGGCCUUGAUAAUUGCCAUGGGAAUGCUGUUGUGAUUGUUUGAGUCCUUCAAAUUCAUACUGAGUCUUCGUCUGUGUAGCCUCGCAUGUCUUGAAAGCGCUAUUCAGGUGCUUCUGCUCUAAAUAGUUCGGUUAGGGAUAACGCGGUUCUGCGUACCCGGUUCUGCAAGGGACAUCCCUCUUGUAUAUGGACGUCAAACAUUGCACCUCGUCCCGAUUUAUCAUGAGU